GGCCGCGGCCGCCUCCCACCCGCGGGAUCCCGGCGUCCGGCAGCCCGCUCACGCGUCCGUCGGUCGGCGGGGUAGUCUGUCCACGCGCGGAUAGCCCAGCGCCCCGGCGCGCGGCCUGGGAGGGCAAGGGCGCAGAGGCGGGACCGCGGCUCCCUCCCACUCCGGGGGGAGCCCAGGAGGCGGCGGUGCUGAAGCGUGAGCCGGGGAAGCAGGCAGAGCGGAGGAGAGGCGGUCGCGAGCACGAGUGGGGUGGGGCGUGCCCACGGGCCCCCGCCCCCCUCGUCCCCCAGCCCAGCUCCGGAGCCGCAGCCCAGGCCGGCGGCACCCUUCCCCCGUGCGUUCUUCAGCCACCCAGGCCUUCCAGGACCCGUGGAUUGGGGUCAAGGGGGACAGGGACGCCCCCUUCAGCGGGAGCCGUCGGGGGAGGCGGACCCGAGACAAGGCAAGCAGCCCCACUGGAGCCAGGCGCAGGGUCUGGGACGCAGCUGCGAGCGCAGAGGGCUGGCUGGGCGCUGCAGAGAGCCGCGGGCUGGGGCUGGGCCUCCUGGGUGACAGGCCCUGCGCGGCCAGAAAGAACGGGAGACCAGCAGGCAAGAGCCCAGACCUAGAGUACAGGCGGCUGCCUCAGCCCCUUAUCUGAGCUGAGGAAACCAAGGAUUUUAGAGCAUCAUUCUCCCCAGCAUAAGAAAGACGCUUGCUUUCCAGAGCAGCACCUUUGUCUGAGACAGCUCUGCCGGGAAGGGGUCCGUGGAGCCUGGAACACACCCCACACUCCUUUAACUGAGGCCUCUGGGCCUCAGAGAGGGCUGGGAGUUAGAAAGGAGGCCGGACAGUCCUUGCUGGACCCCUGGGGAGAGAAGAAGUUGCCUGCCUGCUCCCAGGCCCAGGAGGAGCUGGGCCACUAAUAGUAGGGUCCUGGCCCCUGAGGCAGCAGCGGCCAUGUCACGGCCAGGCCAGGGUGUGAUGAUGCCGGUGAACGGGCUGGGCUUCCCACCGCAGAACGUGGCCCGGGUGGUGGUGUGGGAGUGGCUGAACGAGCACAGCCGCUGGCGGCCCUACACGGCCACCGUGUGCCACCACAUCGAGAAUGUGCUCAAGGAGGAUGCCCGUGGUUCCGUGGUCCUGGGGCAGGUGGACGCCCAGCUCGUGCCCUACAUUAUUGACCUGCAGUCCAUGCACCAGUUUCGCCAGGACACAGGCACCAUGCGGCCGGUGCGGCGCAACUUCUACGACCCGUCGUCGGCGCCGGGCAAGGGCAUCGUGUGGGAAUGGGAGAAUGACGGCGGCGCGUGGACGGCCUACGACAUGGACAUCUGCAUCACCAUCCAGAACGCCUACGAGAAGCAGCACCCGUGGCUCGACCUCUCGUCGCUCGGCUUCUGCUACCUCAUCUACUUCAACAGCAUGUCGCAGAUGAACCGCCAGACCCGCCGGCGCCGCCGCCUGCGCCGCCGCCUGGACCUCGCCUACCCGCUCACCGUGGGCUCCAUCCCCAAGUCGCAGUCGUGGCCCGUGGGCUCCAGCUCGGGCCAGCCCUGCUCGUGCCAGCAGUGCCUGCUGGUCAACAGCACGCGCGCCGCGUCCAACUGCCUCGCCACAAGGGUCCCCGCGCUCCCGGUGAAGAACUUGAACGGUACGGGGCCAGUUCACCCCGCCCUGGCAGGGAUGACCGGGAUCCUGCUCUGCGCCGCCGGGCUGCCCGUGUGCCUGACGCGGGCCCCCAAGCCCAUCCUGCACCCGCCACCCGUGAGCAAGAGCGACGUCAAGCCUGUGCCAGGCGUGCCCGGGGUGUGCCGCAAGACCAAGAAGAAGCACCUCAAAAAGAGUAAGAACCCCGAGGAUGUGGUUCGAAGGUACACACAGAAAGUGAAGAACCCACCUGAUGAGGACUGCACCAUCUGCAUGGAGCGUCUGGUCACAGCCUCUGGCUAUGAGGGCGUGCUUCGGCACAAGGGCGUGCGACCAGAGCUGGUUGGCCGCCUGGGCCGCUGCGGUCACAUGUACCACCUGCUGUGCCUCGUGGCCAUGUACUCCAAUGGCAACAAGGAUGGCAGCCUGCAGUGCCCCACCUGCAAGGCCAUCUAUGGGGAGAAGACGGGCACUCAGCCACCUGGGAAGAUGGAGUUUCACCUCAUCCCUCACUCGCUGCCCGGCUUCGCUGACACCCAGACCAUCCGCAUCGUCUAUGACAUCCCUACUGGCAUCCAGGGCCCUGAGCACCCCAAUCCAGGCAAGAAGUUCACUGCAAGAGGCUUCCCGCGCCACUGCUAUCUGCCCAACAACGAGAAGGGCCGGAAGGUGCUGAGGCUGCUCAUCACCGCCUGGGAGCGGAGACUCAUCUUCACCAUCGGCACAUCCAACACGACCGGCGAGUCGGACACCGUGGUGUGGAACGAGAUCCACCACAAGACCGAGUUUGGAUCCAACCUCACGGGCCAUGGCUACCCAGACGCUAGCUACCUAGACAACGUGCUAGCCGAGCUCACAGCCCAGGGUGUGUCCGAGGCCGUGGCCAAGGCCUGAGGCCCGAGGCUGCCCACUCUCCCUCCUGCUUUGCCCCUGGUCCGCCACAUGCCUUCCUGCGCCAGGUGUGCCCUGGCAGCCCGGGCUCAGGUCUGGGGAGGAGCCCGCGGGAGGGGCCAGAAGCAAUCCGGGGAUUUGGCUGGUGGCAGUUGGUAUGAUGGGAGGAUGGUGGGCCCGCGGGCUCUGACCAAUUGCUCCCCGAGAGGGUCACCAGAGUGUACUGGAAACCACAGCAACCUCCCUAUCAGAAAGACAGAGCCCCACUCCCUCACACAAACACAGGUGUCCUGUUGAACACAUGCACGCACACCCACGUGCCUCUACUUACCCCCAGAGUGGGGGGAGAGAUGGAGACCCCUGUGAUACUCCAUGUGGAUUCCCAUCUUUGUCAGCUGUACAGGCUUGUCUUCAAGCAGGACGACUCAGGUCCGGCACUUGGGGGCCUGGUGGGGCUCCAGCAGGGGACAGAGGGCCACUUGGGGGGGGGGCAGAUAGCCUCCCUCUAUCUCUGCCACCCACUGACAGGCGAUUGUGGGCCCACGAAGGGAAAGCCCCCAGAUUAUUCAGCAGUUUUGCAAAGGGGCGGGCAGACAGAGGGACUAGAAGAAUCUUACUUUGUGCUUGUGUCUCUUCAUCCUUCUGGGACCCUGACCACCUCCUUCUCCCCUCCCGUCCCCAGGCCUCAUGUCUGUACCUGAUAAAGGCACUGUUUUCCUUUCCUCCCCACCCAAAUCCCUACCAACAACAAGAUCAAAAGGCCGGAGGAGCUUCUGGCUUCAGGAGCGAGACGAGGAGGCCUAGCUUAGGCCAGCAGGUUUAAAAAGCAGAUUGGACAGCAAAGAGUCCAUUUCCCUUUCCUUGGGAGUGGGCAGUGGGGUGGCUGAUAGUCUCGGCCAACCAGGGGCCUGUUGCCCAGGCAACUCACCAGCUCCGCCUCUGUUGAUUGGCUGCCAUGGUGGAAGUCAGCCAAGAUUUAAAGGGACGCCAGUGAUUGCUCUUUUGAAAAUCUACCAGUCCCACUGUGGGUGGAGAAAUAAAUGGUCUUUCUCCUCCUCA